AUGGUAAAGCUUCAUUUGGAGAAGGAACAGGAUAACUCAAACAGACUUAAGAAGUUUCUUGUGAUCAAGGUCUUUGGCAGUAAUAUCCCUUUUAAUAUCAUAAGCAUUGAGUUGAGGAAGCAAUGGGCUAGGAUUGGGAAAUUCCAUUUAACCCGAUUAGGAUUGGGAUGGGUGCUCUGUGCAUUCGAAGAAAAUGACUCUUUGGAGGAAAUCAUAGCUUCAGGUCCCUGGUAUGUAAAUGGUAACAUAGUGGGCAUGGACAGAAGGGCAGUUGCUUUCUCACCUUCUUCAUUCAAAGGUUUCAUGGCUCCAAUUUGGAUUCGAAUGCCCAGCCUUCCACUUCAACGUUGGGAUGAAGUAAAUGUUUGUAGAAUUGCAUCCAUGUUGGGCACUCCAUACUUAAUUGACGAAAACAUGUUCCAGUGGAGUAGAAGAGAAUUCACAAGGGUUUGUGUGAGAAUCAAACUUGAUGAGAAAUUAUCAUUAGGAGUAUGGGUGAAAGGUAAUUUGGGUAAAUUAUACCAAAGCAUAGAAUAUGAAAGAUUGCCUACCUUCUGCUUCAACUGUGGAAAGCUUGGUCACCUAAGGAAGGAAUGCUUGAAGAAAAUGUCACCAAUCAAACAAAAUCAAGUUGUGGAAGCUCAAGUCAGUAAAGAUAAGUUGGUAGAGAAUUUCAUAGUAACAGAACCAAAAACAAAAUCACAAGCACUAGCUUCAAAUAAUGGAAGCAAUGGAGAAGUAUAUGGUCCAUGGAUUCAUCUGAAUUACAAAAAGAAGAAAGUUCCUAGAUCUCUUUCAACAAAAGGAGAAGAUAGGAUCUUAAAAGCAACUCUUGAUAAAAAUUCAAAUGAUUUUGUUAUUCCCAGCACUUCUAAUGUUAUUGAAGCAAUUGGUGCAAAAGAACUAUUAAAACCUGCUUCAAUGGGUCUAGUUGAUCAGAAUCUGGAUAAAGAAGGUGAGAAGAAAAGGUCUCCAUCAAAAGAUGAUAUCAGUUGCACUGGAGUGGAUAUUCAAAGAAAGUUAGAAAAGGGUCAUGGUAAAAAUUUUAUCACUGAAGGAAUUCCUGGUAAUAAAAAUAAAUUUGAAGCCUUGAAUAACAUUGCUAAGGAAGGAGAGAGUUCAAGAGAAUAUACCUCCAGACAAUCUUGUCCUUGA